CCCAUGCGAGGGAACGUGGGAGGGAGCUGAGGCCGGGGACGUGUCACCGCGGGAGCGACACCGCUCAGUGUCCUUCUGUCCCUCGGACACACGCAGCGCCUGCCGGAGAGGGAUCUGGACACGGAACGUUGCCGACUGGACUCGAGCGGGACCGCACGUCGGGCAGGAUGAACUUUGCCGCCCAGUUGUUCUACUCCAGCUACCUGAGCGAGCGACUGGAGCGAUUGUACUCACCCAGGCCUGCUCUCAGAGACCGCGAGGAGAAUGACCCCUUCUGGCAGAGAGAGGAACUGCAUCUGGGCCCCAGACAGCCAGGAGGUUGCAGCAAACCAGGUCCCGUCAGUAACGGCACCAUGGGACGCAGACCAACUCUCAUCGAACCCGAGCGACUCAAAGACUUCGGAGAGGAAGAACUCCUCAAUGGGGACGUGAAGGUCCACGACACCAAAGUGGUGGGAGGUCCCGAGAUCAUGCUUAUGGACCCACCCAAGACCAGAAGAGUGAGCGAGUUCAGGAUCAUCCCGAGACCUCAAGCUCAGUACCUGCGCUUCGAGGACAUCAGCGCCGCGGCCUUCAGGAUCCACUCAGGAGUACAGAAGACGCCCUGCACGUACUCCAGACUUUCCAAGCAGUACGGCAUGGAGAUCUACCUGAAGAAAGAGCAGCUGCACUACACAGGCUCAGUGAAAGAGAGGGGGGCGUUGUACCUGCUCACCUCCCUCACACAGGAGCAGCAGCGGAAGGGCGUGAUCGUGGCCACUGACUGUAACUUCUCCAUGGCCGUGGCUCAUCACGCCGUGGAGCUCAAGGUCCCCGUGUUCGUCAUCAUGCCGUCGUGCUGCUCGUCGCCCCGCCUCAGGACCUACAGGGACUACGGAGCCAUGGUCAUCUCCUACGGCAGCACCAGCCACGACUCGCAGAACCACGCCCGGCACCUGGCCAAAGAGAACGGAUACCUCUACCUGGAAGAAGACGAGAGCGCAGCGUACCUGGCAGGACUGGGCACCGUGGGCAUGGAGAUCUAUGAACAAGUGCCCAAACUGGACGCGGUGGUCGUCCCUGCGGCCGGCCAGUACGGGCUGCUGGCGGCCACGGCCGCCGCCGUCAAACACCUCGACUCACGGAUCCUUGUCGUCGGAAUCGAACCGGACGGUUUCCCUCUGCUGCUGCAGUCUCUGAAGACAGACGGCCCCGUCAAGGACAUGCACGGCAGCCCCAACAGGAAGCUGUACGGAGAUCUCAUGGCGCGUUCUCUCGGUGUUAACACCUUCCAGCUGGCGAAGAAACUAGUGGAUAAAGUCAUCACUGUCAGUGAGGAGGACUCUCUGGUAGCCAUGCUCCGGUUUCAGGAGUUUGAGCGCUCCACUGUGGAUACGGAGGGAGCCAUGGGACUGGCUGCCAUCCUGGCCGGACAGCUCCCAGAGCUGAGGGGGAAAAAGGUCGCCGUGGUGGUGAGCAGCGCUAACAUGGAGCUGGAGCUGGUGAGGCAGUGCAUGGACCGGGCUCUGGUCCUGGACGACCGGGUCAGCAAGUUCUCCGUGAAGCUGGGAGAAUGGCCUGGAGACAUGGCCAAGCUGCUGGACAUCCUGUCCAGAGAGGACGUCAGGCUGUUGGAUGUCUGCCACCGGAGACACGGCGAUAAGUCAGACCUCUUCAAAGCAAAGGUGGAGUGUGUGGUGGAAACCAGGGACAGGACGCAGAGCGCUCAGCUGCGCAGGAUGCUGAGCGAGCGGUACCCUACGAUAUGCUGGCUGGACCGGUGAUCACAACGACGAAGUAAAAACAAUCUAUCUUCAAUAGACGAAGAAAGGGGAAAUAAAGUGAAGCGUGAGCUGAUUCGCAAACAAAUGCUGUAACAUGCACUAACAUACACACAUUAAUACACAGUGAGAACUGUGUUCAGCAAAGUUAAAACAGAAAAGCCUUGAGAUUCUAGAGCAGAUGUAAUUCAUAUUACUCCUCUUAUUUAUGCUGCUACUGGUGAUAGAUUAAUAUAUUGUAGCUGUAUAAUACAAUUCAAUGCAAUGUAGAUACACUAGCCUAUUUUAAAAUUAGUCAUCAAACAAUAAGGUAUAUUUUCAAAGCAUAUGUUUUUUGAACUGUUGUGUAUAUAUCUGUCUUUAUUUCUACUGUCCCAGGUGGUAGUGUCAGUGCCAGUGAAAAUGCUCUCUGAUUAAACACAUACAAGCUCAGUGA